AUGCUCUCCUUGCUUGGUUUUCUUGGCUUCGCGGCACUAGCCGCAGCAGCACCCGUCCGAGACCAGGCAUUCAUCCCUCGUACCCUAGUAAACAGGUCUAUUUACGACAAGUUGGCGCUAUACGCGGGCUACACGCAGCUGUCUAAUACCGGAAUCUGCGCGCGUCCAUCCGUCCCUGGCGUUUUGUACCAGUUUGUCGAGAGCAAGGACACGGACACGCAAGUCUCCAUCUGGAAAGUGGACGCAUACAAGGAAUUCGUCAUUGCCAUCCCGGGAACAUCGAGCGCUCGUGACAAUGAGACGAAUUUUGAUUUUGCGCUCGUCCCAUACCAGGCGGACAAUGUGCGCUGCCCGUCAUGCCGCGUGCACAAAGGCUACCAAGCUGCGUGGAGGUCUGUGAUGAAGCAAGUGCAGGGAAACCUCACAAACCUGCUUGGCAUCCAUCCGGAUUAUACAGUGACUUUGACGGGCCAUUCGCUCGGAGGCGGUCUCGUCUCUAUAGCUUUUCCCACUCUACGAAACGGGCCGUACAAUGUCACGCAGGCGUAUACAUAUGGCCAGCCACGUGCCGGCAACGGUGCAUUCGCCAACUAUGUGGAUGGUAUUAGUGGUGCAUCCGAUAAAGAAGCUGGCAUUUUCUACCGGGUUACCCAUGCGAAUGACUUGAUCCCAAAGCUGCCACCAGGAAUUUUCGGUUACAAGCAUUCCCGAACAGAAUACUGGGAAUCAAAGCCCUCAAUGGACAAUGCCGCGUCCACGUACCGCUGCUAUGGCCAGGAGCCGGCCGACUGCAACCGCAAUGCUACGGGGAUCGACUCCAAGGUGCAUGUUACAUAUGCAGGAAUGAAUGUGACGUGUAACAAGUCUUAG